GCCCCGGCCCCGCCCUCCCGCCUCUGCGGGCCUGGCUGUAACUGCAGAGUGAGUGAGAAGCGGAGACAGCCUCCUCUGCGUCCUGUCCCGGCCUCCUCGACGGUGACCCAGGUGGGCCGGCGACAUGAGGCUGGCAGGCGUCCUGCUGUCGCUGCUGCUACAGGCCUGCUGGGUGGCCACACAGGAUGUCCAAGGCCCCCCCAAAGCCGUCGUCUUCCAAGACUGCCCAGUGGACCUGUUCUUCGUGCUGGACACCUCUGAGAGCGUGGCCUUGCGGCUGAAGCCCUAUGGGGCCCUGGUGGACAAGGUCAAGAGCUUCACCAAACGCUUCAUCGACAAUCUGAGAGACAGGUACUACCGCUGCGACCGCAACCUGGUAUGGAAUGCAGGUGCACUGCACUACAGCGACGAGGUAGAGAUCAUCCAUGGGCUCACACGCAUGCCUGCCGGCCGCGAUCAACUCAAGGCUGAAGUGGAUGCUAUCAAGUAUUUUGGCAAGGGCACCUACACAGACUGUGCCAUCAAGAAGGGGCUGGAGGAGCUGCUGGUGGGGGGCUCCCACCUCAAGGAGAACAAAUACCUGAUCGUGGUGACUGACGGGCACCCUCUGGAGGGCUACAAGGAGCCUUGUGGGGGCCUAGAGGAUGCCGUGAACGAGGCCAAGCACCUGGGCAUUAAGGUCUUCUCUGUGGCCAUCACACCCGACCACCUGGAGCCACGCCUGAGCAUCAUUGCCACUGACCACACGUAUCGGCGCAACUUCACAGCAGCAGACUGGGGACAGAAUCCUGACGCUGAGGAGACUAUCACCCAGACCAUCGAGACCAUUGUGGACAUGAUCAAAAACAAUGUGGAGCAAGUGUGCUGCUCCUUCGAGUGCCAGGCUGCCAGAGGACCUCCAGGGCCCAGGGGUGACCCUGGUUACGAGGGGGAACGUGGAAAGCCAGGCCUUCCUGGAGAGAAGGGGGAAGCCGGAGAUCCCGGACGACCUGGGGACCUCGGGCCUGUCGGGUACCAGGGCAUGAAGGGAGAGAAAGGGAGCCGCGGGGAGAAGGGCUCCAGGGGACCCAAGGGCUACAAGGGAGAGAAGGGCAAGCGUGGCAUCGAUGGGGUGGAUGGCAUGAAGGGGGAGACAGGGUACCCAGGACUGCCAGGCUGCAAAGGUUCUCCAGGAUUCGAUGGUGUCCAAGGACCCCCUGGGCCCAAAGGAGAUGCUGGUGCUUUUGGAUUAAAGGGAGACAAGGGUGAGGCUGGAGCCAUCGGAGAGCCCGGAAGGCCUGGAAGCUCAGGGCCACCUGGAGACGAGGGCGAACCUGGAGAGCCUGGCCCCGCAGGAGAGAAAGGAGAGGCUGGCGAUGAGGGGAAUGCGGGACCGGAUGGCCCUCCAGGAGAGAGGGGUGGUGCCGGAGAGAGAGGACCCCGUGGGACUCCAGGUGUUCGAGGACCAAGAGGAGACCUGGGUGAAGCUGGACCACAAGGUGACCAGGGACGAGAAGGCCCCAUUGGAGUCCCUGGAGACCCAGGUGAGGCUGGCCCCAUCGGACCUAAAGGAUACCGAGGUGAUGAGGGUCCCCCAGGGCCUGAGGGUCUCAGAGGAGCCCCAGGACCUGCUGGACCCCCUGGAGACCCUGGGCUGAUGGGCGAGAGGGGUGAAGAUGGCCCCCCUGGAAACGGCACCGAAGGCUUCCCCGGCUUUCCUGGCUAUCCCGGGAGCAGGGGCCCCCCGGGGCUGAAUGGCACAAGAGGCUACCCUGGCCUCAAGGGGGAUGAGGGCGAAGCCGGAGACCCUGGAGAGGAUAACAAUGACAUUUCACCCCGAGGAGUUAAAGGGGCAAAAGGUUACCGUGGUCCAGAAGGUCCUCAGGGUCCCCCAGGACACGUGGGACCACCUGGGCCAGACGAAUGUGAGAUUUUGGACAUCAUCAUGAAGAUGUGCUCCUGCUGUGAGUGCAAGUGCGGCCCCAUCGACAUCCUCUUUGUGCUGGACAGCUCUGAGAGCAUCGGCCUGCAGAACUUCGAGAUUGCCAAGGACUUCAUCAUCAAAGUCAUUGACCGGCUGAGCAGGGACGAACUGGUCAAGUUCGAGCCAGGACAGUCACACGCAGGCGUGGUGCAGUACAGCCACAACCAGAUGCAGGAGCAUGUGGACCUGCACAGCCCUAAUAUCCGGAAUGCCCAGGAGUUCAAGGAAGCUGUCAAGAAGCUACAGUGGAUGGCAGGCGGCACAUUCACGGGUGAGGCGUUGCAGUACACCCGGGACCGGCUGCUGCCACCCACCCAGAACAACCGCAUUGCCCUGGUUAUCACCGAUGGGCGCUCAGACACCCAGCGGGACACCACACCCCUCAAUGUGCUCUGUGGCCCCAACAUCCAGGUGGUGUCCGUGGGCAUCAGGGAUGUGUUUGGCUUUGUUGCGGGCUCCGAUCAGCUCAAUGUCAUUUCCUGCCAAGGCCUGUCACCCCAGGGCCGGCCAGGUAUCUCCCUGGUGAAGGAGAACUAUGCGGAGCUGCUGGAGGAUGCCUUCCUGAAGAAUAUCACGGCCCAGAUCUGCAUAGACAAGAAGUGUCCAGACUACACCUGCCCGAUCACGUUUUCCUCCCCGGCUGACAUCACCAUCAUGUUGGAUGGCUCGGCCAGUGUCGGCGGCCACAACUUCGAAGUCACCAAGCGUUUUGCCAAGCGCCUGGCAGAGCGCUUCCUGUCAGCAGACCGAGAGGACCCCACAGCAGACGUACGUGUGGCAGUGGUACAGUACAGCGGCCCAGGCCAGCAGCGGCCAGGGAGGCCAGCCUUGCAGUUCCUGCAGAACUACACAGUGCUAGCCAGCACCGUUGACAGCAUGGACUUCUUCAAUGACGCUACUGAUGUCAACAGUGCCCUGAGCUUCGUGACACGCUUCUACCGUGAAGCCUCCUCAGGCGCGGCCAAGAAGAGGGUGCUGCUAUUCUCUGAUGGCAACUCACAGGGAGCCACAGCAGCUGCCAUCGAGAAGGCUGUGCAGGAGGCACAGCAAGCGGGCAUCGAGAUCUUUGUGGUGGUGGUGGGCCGCCAGGUGAAUGAGCCACACAUCCGGGUGCUGGUCACAGGCAAGACGGCAGAGUAUGAUGUGGCCUUUGGAGAGCGCCACCUGUUCCGUGUGCCCGAUUACCAGGCCCUGCUCCGCGGGGUCUUCUACCAGACGGUCUCCAGAAAGGUGGCACUGGGCUAGGGCCAUAGGUACUCAGUACACCAGGAUGAGCCUCCCAACCCUACCCACCAGAACCAAACAGAAAAUGUGACUCAAAGUUUCCAGAUUAGCUACACGUUUUUAAAGGGAAGGUUAGAAAUCCACACAGACAUGCGCAUUUUGAGUAACCUCCCCCUUGGUGUCUGUGGGGGGUCUGUGUCUGUGUACCCCUCCUUCACUGGACUCGCUUGCCCCUCAGCCACCUCUAGGACCUCCCUCUGAUGGAUCCCUCACUAUCCCUUCCUAGUUUCCUCCCACUUACAGUCAAAGCAGACCCUGCUGCUUGCUCAGGUGAGACGCUGAGCUGUGGGUCAUUUUUGGAAAACCAAGGUCAAGGUCAAGAGGAUUUUUCAAACACAAAGUAUGAGGGGGUCAGGUCCUCCCACAGGAGGACUGGCUUUGCCAGUUGUCUACACAGACCCUGGUCCCAGACCUCAGACCUCUGUGGCUCAGGCUGGGAGACACUGGCUCUGACCUUGGUUCUCACAUCCCUAGAGCAAAGGUGCUGCCUAUGAAGGCCCCACACUGAUACAAAGGCCUAGACUGGACCAGAUGGCCAAAACAUUCUCAGAAACAACUCAAAACUAUUUCUCCUCCAAAUAGUGGCUAGUCUUGUGUUUCAUUGAAGAUUCUUUUUAUGUCUAUUUUAUUCCUACUCCUCCUGUGUUUUUUAUUGGUCCUGUCCAUGUCAAUGGUCUCUGCUAAUAAAAGUUCCCACUUUUC